AUGGCCUCGAUUGUGCGCCCUGCUCUUCUCCGGCAAACCGCUACGGCGGCCCGCAUGGCCCAGGCCACCCCGAUCCGUUCCGCCUUCGUCAAGAACUCGCCAAGAGUCGCCGCCUUCCACACAACCGCCAAGAGGGAUCUGUUGCCCGUCGGGCCUCAGGUCAUCCAGGGUGGAGUGAACGACCCUGCCCCCGUCCCUCCCCCGAGUCCCGCCCACGGCUCCUACCACUGGACCUUCGACCGCCUCCUCGCCGCCGGCCUCGUCCCCAUCACCAUCGCACCCUUCGCCGCCGGCUCCCUGAACCCGACGACCGACGCCGUCCUCUGCGCCAUGAUCCUCAUCCACUCCCACACCGGCUUCCAGAACAUCAUCAUCGACUACGUCCCUACCAAGCACUACCCCAAGUCGCGCAAGGCGACCAUGUGGGGACUCAAUGUCGUCACAGCACUGGUCGGCCUCGGCUUGUAUGAGUUCGAGACCAGCGACGUCGGUGUCACCGAGGCUGUCGCGCGUCUGUGGAAGGCUUAG